UAUUAAUUUACUGUUCACAUAGUAAAUAUUCUAUACUCUCUCUCUCUCUCUCUCUCUCUCAACAUUUUGCAUUUUUGCUUUCAAUUCACCAUGAAUGAUUCUAAAAAAAUAGAUCACCAUGAGCGAAAAACACAACCAUAGCAAGCAAGCUCCCCCAACUGCCAUGCCAUUGGAAGAUUGUGGCCUGUGUGGGUCCGACGGCUCCUCUCGUAGUCUUGCAUCAUUUGCAAGCCUUGUCAGUUGUCACCACUCCCACUCCGACUGACCCCUAUAAAUCAGCCACCAACAGUCCAAAACUUUGCUUUCCAUCGCCAUUUCGCUCUGCCCCUUCCACCCCCCAAACAACACCCUCCCCGCCUCACCAAGCGUGCUGCUGCUGCUGCGGUGGUUUGGCUUCUUCUUUCUCCUCCCCUCCUCGCUUUGCCUGCUCGGUUGCUUGGUGUGGCUGAGCUGAGCUGAGCAGGAGAGCACGGGUAGGGGGUGUCACUGUCUGUCUCUGCCUUUCUUCUUUCCUCUGUCUCGCUCGGUAUUCUGGCCUUUUGCUCUCCCAGCCUUCUUCCCUUCCUCAAUAAUGAUGGAGGAGCUGCGGAGUGUUCGUUCCUGAAGGCCUCUCCACCCGUCUCGUCACCGCCGGUGUGCCGGAAUCCAAAUCCACCUGCAGUUUUUCCCUCUCUGACCUUCUCUUCUUCCCGGAGUAAUUUCGGUUCUAGGUUGUUUGGGACUGGCCUCGUUCUUGCUGGGUUUGGAGUUUCUGUCUUUAGGGUUAGGUAUAGGAGUUGCUAGUUGUUAAGUUGGUCUGAACUGGGAGAGGUUGGGAUGCUUUUGGACGCCAUGAUGAUGGAAGCCAGGAAGGGGUUGAUGGAGAGGGAGAGGGAGAGAGACCAGUUCCCCGUCGGCAUGCGGGUCCUCGCCGUCGACGAUGACCCCGUGUGCCUCAAGGUUCUGGAGGUCCUCCUACGCCGCUGCCAGUAUCAUGUAACAACCACCAACCAAGCUGCUACUGCACUGAGGCUGUUAAGGGAGAACAAGGACAUGUUUGAUCUGGUGAUCAGUGACGUUCACAUGCCCGACAUGGACGGCUUCAAGCUCCUCGAGCUCGUGGGGCUUGAAAUGGACCUCCCCGUCAUUAUGUUAUCAGUGAACGGAGAGACUAAAUCUGUGCUCAAGGGGAUAACUCAUGGUGCCUGUGACUAUCUCCUAAAGCCCGUUCGCAUCGAAGAGCUCCGGAACGUGUGGCAGCACGUUGUGAGGAGAAAGUUCAGCAACCGUGAGCCGAACAAUCUUGAUUUCUGCAAGGAGAUCAGCAAGGACUCAUACCACCGGCUCGGCCAGGCGACCUGUGACAGGUCGUCUGACCAGAGCAACAGGGCCAGCAAGAAGAGGAAGGAACUGCACAGCGAGGAGGAAGACGAAGGCGAGGACAACGACGAUGCCUCGGCGGCGUCGAAGAAGCCGAGGGUGGUGUGGUCAGCGGAGCUGCACCGGAAGUUCGUCGCUGCCGUCAAUCAGCUCGGGAUCGACAAGGCUGUACCUAAAAGAAUACUCGAGCUUAUGAACGUCGAGAAGCUCACCCGGGAAAAUGUCGCGAGUCAUCUGCAGAAGUACAGGCUAUACCUCAGACGGCUAAGUGCUGUGGCAUCACAACAAGCCAGCAUUGCUGCUGCCUUUGGAGGCAGAGACCCCUUUGAAGGACUUCAUAGUUAUCAUCAACCCUUUGCCCCUUCUUUGAAUCCACAUGGACUGCUCAGUGGUGCUGGUGCAGCAACAUUUGAGCUUCAGGACUUUGUUCCUUCUAAGGCAAUUCAGUGUGCUAGCAGCAUUGGUGCAGUAAGUCAUUGCGCCGGCGAUACAAACAAAUUUAACAUUGUGAGCUUACAAGACAACCAACAGGCAGAUCUAACGCAAGGCUUGACCACGUCGUCACUUGGGCAGCCCCGGCUCCAGCAGACGUGGAUCCAUCAAGAAACCAAUGACCUGUGCUCUGUCUUUUCUGGGGGUGCUCAGGCCAACACUAUGUCUGGCACAUUCCAGAGAAUUACAAGCAGUUCACUGGCACCAGAAGAUCUUUUGGAGUGCACUCCACAUAUCAAACUAGGAGCCCAUCCAUCCAUAGGAAUAUCUCAGCAGGGUGCUCUUCCAAUUAGUGAUGGAUUUUCUGUUGACAAGUUACCGUUGCACAUCCCGUUCGAUGGUGCUGACACUGGCUUUUUGGCUCGAGAACCAAAGAUGGACCAAAAGGGGAUAUUUUCAGAAAGAAUGAAUGUUAGAGUUUGUCCUUCGGAGAGCCUCAUAGCAGCCAACAAUGCUAAAUGUGGAGCCAGUUCUUCUGGUAGUACAAUGCUGCUCCCUCCUGAUACCGAGAGACAUUCAGAAUACUUGCAGUUUGGGGCUGCAAGCAACUCUAGACAUAGAAUGGAUGGAGUGAGAGAAGACCAAUGCCUGAACAAUGCAGAUUUUAGCUAUGAUGGUGGUGCCAUUGUGCCUGAACAGACCCAUAUGGAUGAUUUGGGAAUUCCAAAGCUGCAGGGUGGGUUCAAUUCUAGCAGCUGCAACUUUGAUGGCCUUCUCAAUUCCAUAAUAAAAGUGGCGUUGCUGCUCCUAUGGAAGAGCUCGAGACAGAGGAGGAAGAAUCAAAUAUCUUGCUCCAUGCUCCUUACUUUUUUCCUGCUGUUGGUGCUGGUGGAGGCGUUUGCAUCCGAACUUUGGUGUACUUUUGUUCGUACUUAUUGUAAACUUUAGAAAGCUUAUCACUAACAUUGGUGAAAGAAGAAGAAUAUAUACUGACGGACGCAACUAGUA